AUGAGUAAUCAAUUAGGAGUGGGUUUUGGAGCCUACAAAUUCCAAACCAUCAUAAGCAAUGAAAUGAGAGUGACCAAAGACUCCGUUCAUCGCACUCGAAUACAAACAGAAUCAAGAAAAUCGAUAUAAGACAAGUGUAAAUACUAAUUCCAAAAUGCGAAGAAAAAAAUUAUUCAAAAGCUCCAAGACCCCAAUGAAAGGGAACGCUUUAACACACUCAUUCAAGUAGACAAAGGUUCUGAUGAUAGUCUAUCUGGUGAUCCCGAUAACCAAAUGGACUAAUUACUCGAAUAAAAAAAAAAGAAAGAAAAAGAAUUUGAACUCUAUAUUUCGGAAUCCAGCAGUUUCAGCGGAAUCGACUCUGAUGUUAGUCAAGAUGACUCCUUAUAAGAGGACCUCAAGAAGUCUCAAGGCCAAAAGGAGGAGAACAAAUUGGCAAGUUAAAAUCUUAAAGCCUUAAACACUCCUACUAUUCUUAAAUCCCCUCAAAUUUCUUAAUCAAGAGCGCAAGUUGCCCUGCAAAAAGUCAAGGCGAUGAAGAACACCAGACACCCAGUAGUCAGAAAGGACAUUGACUUUUUAAGAAGCUUAUGUCAAAAUUAGAACUUUGUUAAUAACGAAAAAGCCAUUCUGGACGAGUAUAAAUUAGACAAGGAAAUUUGUGUCGACAUGGAUUGUCAAGAUAUCGUCACAUUCAUGAGACUUCAACACGAAGUUGAUGAAAUGAGAAGAAAGCAAACUGAAUUCAAUUCUCAAAAAGAAAGACAUUACGAAGUAACUAAAAAUCUCCCCAAAAAAACAGAAAGCAAAACAAAUACCAAAUCAGAAGAAAAUGGAAUUUGCACCUUCAUGAUGGCCAAAAGGUUUAUUAAAACUCUGAAACUAAAAGUUGAGCAAAAACAGCCCAAACCAUCCAUUUAAGCUAUCAAUCUUCUUAGAAAAAGCACAAGGGGCUCAACUUUAAAGACUUAAUAUUGA